UGCUUAUUCGUUUGCUACCCUCUUUAAUUAUUACUACCUUCUCUUUCAUUGAAUUGCCGGUCCUCUGAUAUCGACGGAAGUAGAAACAGGUCGAGACAAUGGUUGAGAGUCUUCAGGCUAGUCGCUCUGUUCUCGCUGCAAAUCCAUUGGAUAUUGAGCAGAUACUCUUAGCAGCACAGCGUCGGUGGUUAUUGCCAGCUGAAAUAUGUGAAAUUCUUCGGAAUUAUAAGAAAGUUGGCAUUACCCCAGAACUCGUUAAUAAGCCACCAAGUAUUGUUCCCCCCAACUUUAAUUAAUUUUCAUUAGGCAUAAUUCCUUUUGCUAGGCAAUUAUAAUUCUUUUGAUUGCUUCUACAGUUUGCAUUGAUAUGAAUUGAAUCUAACUCUUGCUUUUGUGUGGCAAUGCAUAUACUCUCGGCUUGUUUGGUUGGAGGAAUGAUUGUUCCUUGGUCAAACCAAGAAAAACCAAAGCAGGCAAAAUUAAGAAACUUACUGAUGGCGCACAGGGGCUCAAGCCCUUUAAGCAGUGUUAUUUUAGUAGGAAGUUUAAGCAUUAGUUUAGUACUUGGACUUAUUUAUUAACUUUAAUAAUUUCAGAAACUUUAUUAUUAUUUUCGUAUUUAGUUUGGAUUAAGGGUCUGCACCCUAUAAAUAAUCUUGUUACGAUAAUUUUUCCAACCCUAAAUUCUCUACUUUUCAUCCUCGGCAUCUAUUUCUCUCUGGUUCUACAUCACUUACUCAACAAGUUAGAAAUAAAUAAGCCUUCAGAUU